UGCCAGAGUUUUAGUUAUUGCAUUUCAGUGAAAACCAUCAUGGCUUUCAUGACUUCAGUCGUUGUUGUCUUUCUCUUCUGUGAACAGGCACUGGGUGGCCCAACUGCUAAACAGAUGAGAGGUAUUUUACAAGAGACACAGGCGUUGACUUGGAACUUAUCAAAGCGUAUGGAUGCAAUGUCAGAAAUGUUUGACGAGAGUUUGAAAUUAAUGAACAGUGCCGAAACACGAAUGAGGCAGAGCCUGGGAGGAGGAGGAGGCGGAGGAGGAGGAGGCGGGGGAGGAGGGGAACAUGCGAAUAUCACACAUGCAAAUGGUCAUCAAGGUGGCGCUGUGUUCACGCGGUGGGGACAUGAUGCUUGUCCAGUAGGAACGGAAGCUGCAUACAGUGGGUUUGCGGUUGGAGGCCACUCUACACAUAAAGGGUCGGGUUCAAACAUGCUCUGUGCUCACUCAGAACCCCAGUUCGACAGAACAUUUCAAAGAACAACAGGCAAAUGCAACUAUUUGUAUGGGUCGGAAUAUGAACAAAUAUGGAGAACCGACCUUACCAAUAAGGAUACGCCAUGUUCUGUGUGUGUCAGUCUCACGCGCUCCACCGCCAUGUUGGUUCCUGGAAGACACGACUGUAUGAAAGGGUGGCACACAGAGUACUGGGGAUUCCUUGUUGGUCCAAAACACGGGGAUGUAGGGAAUGCUGAGUAUAUUUGCCUUGAUUCAGAACCCACCGCAAUAGAAGGUAGUUAUCAGGACCAUGGCGAACGCUUGUUGUUCAAUGUGGAGUACCAGUGUGGGUCCUUGCCAUGUCCGCCGUACAAAACGGGAUACUUUGUUCCGUGUGCUUUAUGCACAAUUUAAUAAGGUGUGUCCAAAUUCAUCAUGGAAUUGUUUGGAAUGUGCCACACCUCAGCAUAGAAUACUGACACUUACAUAUUAAAAACACGUGGCCACAUAAUAAUUAAUCUGGGUUUAUAUUUCAAGGCUACAAGGGGGCACGGGUGGCCCAGUCGUUUAAGGCGCCGCGAUUCGCUGUGCAGAGUUACGUCCCCUGGACACGCCAGAAACCAAUGGUUGUGGGUUCGAAUCCCGGUUCACCCCGAUUAUGUUUCUA